AUGCAGACCACCCAGAGCUCCUGUCCUGGAAGCCCCCCAGAGGCUGGGGAUGCGGGGACACCAAGCCUGUGCCGGGGUGAGGUUGACUUUGGAGGAUCCGGGAAGAUGAGAGGCAAGUUCGUGAAGGUGCCAAGCGGUGCGGCCCCCUCCGUGAUCUUUAACGUCCUGCUCACUGAGUGGCACCUGCCAGCCCCUAACCUGGUGGUGUCGCUGGUGGGUGAGGAGCGGCCUUUUGCUAUGAAGUCCUGGCUCCGUGAUAUCCUGCGCCAAGGGCUGGUGAAGGCGGCUCAGAGCACAGGCGCCUGGAUCCUGACCAGCGCCCUCCGAGUUGGCCUCGCCCGCCACGUUGGGCAGGCUGUACGCGACCACUCGCUGGCCAGCACGUCCACCAAGAUCCGCGUAGUGGCCAUCGGUAUGGCCUCUCUGGACCGCAUCCUUCACCACCAGCUUCUGGUUGGUAUCCAGGAGGACACCCUGGUCCGGUACCCCGAAGACAACAGCAGCAUCCCGGGGCCCCUCUGCCCCCUGGACAGCAAUCUGUCCCACUUCAUUCUGGUGGAGCCUGGUGCCCUCGAGAGCGGAGAUGAGCUGGCAGAGCUGCGGCUGAGGCUGGAGAAACACAUCUCCCAGCAGAGAACAGGCUAUGGGGGCACCAGCAGCAUCCAGAUCCCGGUUCUCUGCCUACUGGUCAAUGGUGACCCCAGCACGCUGGAGAGGAUCUCCAGGGCCGUGGAACAGGCUGCCCCAUGGCUGAUCCUGGCAGGCUCCGGGGGCAUUGCUGAUGUGCUUGCUGCCCUGGUGAACCAGCCGCAUCUCCUGGUGCCUCAGGUGACUGAGAAGCAGUUCAGAGAGAAGUUCCCUGGCGAGAGUUUCUCCUGGGAAGCCAUUGUGCACUGGACGGAGCUACUGCAGAACAUUGCCGCACACCCCCACCUGCUCACUGUGUACGACUUCGAGCAGGAGGGCUCCGAGGACCUGGACACUGUCAUCCUUAAGGCACUAGUGAAAGCUUGCAAGAGUCACAGCCAAGAGGCCCAGGACUACCUAGAUGAGCUCAAGCUGGCAGUGGCCUGGGACCGCGUGGACAUUGCCAAGAGCGAGAUCUUCAGUGGGGAUGUGGAGUGGAAGUCCUGUGACCUGGAAGAGGUGAUGACAGAUGCCUUAGUGAGAGACAAGCCUGAGUUCGUGCGCCUCUUUGUGGACAGCGGGGCUGACAUGGCUGAGUUCCUGACCUAUGGGCGGCUGCAGCAGCUCUACCGCUCUGUGUCCCCCAAGAGCCUGCUCUUCGACCUGCUUCAGCGCAAGCAUGAGGAGGGGCGGCUGACUCUGGCCGGCCUGGGCGCCCAGCAGGCCCGAGAGCCCCCCACUGGGACACCCGCUUUCUCUUUGCAAGAAGUUUCCCGGGUGCUCAAAGAUUUCUUGCACGAUGCCAGCCGAGGCUUCUACCAGGAUGGGCGCAGGACAGAGGAGAGGGGGCCUCCGAAGCGGCCAGGGGGCCAGAAAUGGCUGUUGGACCUCAGCCGGAAGAGUGAGGAUCCCUGGAGGGACCUCUUCCUCUGGGCUGUGCUUCAGAACCGACAUGAGAUGGCCACCUACUUCUGGGCCAUGGGCCAAGAGGGUGUGGCCGCUGCCCUGGCUGCCUGCAAAAUCAUUAAGGAAAUGUCCCACCUGGAGACAGAGGCCGAGGUGGCUCGUACCAUGAGGGAAGCCAAGUUUGAGCAGCUGGCUCUGGAUCUCUUCUCUGAGUGCUACAAGAACAGUGAAGACCGGGCCUUCGCACUGCUGGUGCGCCGGAACCACAGCUGGAGCAGGACCACUUGCCUUCAUUUGGCCACCGAAGCCGACGCCAAGGCCUUCUUUGCCCAUGACGGUGUGCAGGCAUUCCUGACCAAGAUCUGGUGGGGGGACAUGGCCACAGGAACACCCAUCCUGCGACUGCUGGGCGCCUUCACCUGCCCAGCCCUCAUCUACACCAACCUCAUCACCUUCAGUGAGGAUGUUCCACAGAGGAUGGGCCUGGAAGACCUGCUGGAACCAGACAGCCUGGAUGUGGAGAAGAGUCUCCUGUGUAGCCCGGGUGGCCAGGUGGAGAAGCUGAUGGAGGCACCAAGGGCUCUGGGUGACCCAGGCCCACAAGCUGCUUUCCUGCUCAGCCGCUGGCGGAAGUUCUGGGGCGCUCCCGUGACAGUGUUCCUGGGGAAUGUGGUCAUGUACUUUGCCUUCCUGUUCCUGUUCACCUACGUGCUGCUGGUGGACUUCAGGCCACCUCCCCAGGGGCCUUCGGGGUCUGAGGUCACCCUCUACUUCUGGGUAUUCACGCUGGUGCUGGAGGAGAUCCGACAGGGCUUCUUCACAGACGAGGACACACACCUGGUGAAGAAAUUCACUCUGUAUGUGGGGGACAACUGGAACAAGUGUGACAUGGUGGCCAUCUUCCUGUUCAUCGUCGGCGUCACCUGCAGAAUGCUGCCCUCGGUGUUUGAGGCGGGCCGCACCGUCCUGGCCAUUGACUUCAUGGUGUUCACACUUCGACUUAUCCACAUAUUUGCCAUUCACAAGCAGCUGGGCCCCAAGAUUAUCAUCGUAGAGCGGAUGAUGAAGGAUGUCUUCUUCUUCUUGUUCUUCCUGAGCGUGUGGCUUGUGGCCUACGGAGUGACCACUCAGGCCCUGCUGCACCCCCAUGAUGGCCGCCUGGAGUGGAUCUUUCGCCGUGUGCUCUACCGGCCAUACCUGCAGAUCUUUGGUCAGAUCCCGCUGGAUGAGAUUGAUGAGGCCCGUGUGAACUGUUCCCUCCACCCACUGCUGCUGGAGGGCUCGGCCUCCUGCCCCAACCUCUAUGCCAACUGGCUGGUCAUCCUCCUGCUGGUCACCUUCCUGCUGGUCACAAAUGUACUGCUCAUGAACCUACUCAUCGCCAUGUUCAGCUACACGUUCCAGGUGGUGCAAGGCAAUGCCGACAUGUUCUGGAAGUUCCAGCGCUACCACCUCAUCGUGGAGUACCAUGGCCGCCCAGCCCUGGCUCCCCCCUUCAUCCUGCUCAGUCACCUGAGCCUGGUGCUCAAGCGGGUCUUCAGGAAGGAAACCCAGCACAAGCGACACCACUUGGAGAGAGACUUGCCUGACCCCCUGGACCAGAAGAUCAUCACCUGGGAGACGGUUCAGAAGGAGAACUUCCUGAGCGACGUGGAGAAGAGAAGGAAGGACAGUGAUGGGGAGGUGCUGAGGAAAGCAGCGCACAGAGUGGACUUGGUUGCCAAGUACAUUGGGGGGCUGAGAGAGCAAGAGAAGAGGAUCAAGUGUUUGGAAUCGCAGGCCAACUACUGUACACUCCUCCUGUCCUCCAUGGCCGACACACUCACUCCAGGUGGCGCCUACUGGAGCCCUCAGAACUGUGGUCGCAGAAGCCAGCUGACCUCUGCAGGUGGCAAGGAGCACCCAGAGGCUGGCCUGCCACCCUCAGACGCCUGACACUGAGAGUCACCUGUGCUGGAGCCCCAGGCCUGGCCAUCUUGGGCUUUGGGAACCCAUCAACCUUCUCCACUUCUACCAGCCUCUAGAGAGAAGUGGCUUUCUAGGC